AUGGAAAAAGCUUUACUGAAAGGUUUGAGAGUUAAGGAAACAGAAGUCAAGAAAAAAUUAAACAAAUAUUUUGAGGAAAAAGUUGAAGAGCUAGGAGACUCUUUGGCAUUAGUAUUUGAAGAUGAGAAGGGAGAAAAUAUUGAAAUGACUUAUAAUGAACUAAACAAAACAGCAAACCGUAUUGCAAAUAAAAUUCUGAAACUCUUAGAGAAAAGUUAUUUUGAACCCAACAAAGAUGGUGACUGGUUAAUUGGCAUCUGCAUGAAACCUUCUAUUAAUUUAAUUACAACUAUGCUUGCUGCAUGGAAAAUUGGAGCUGCUUACCUUCCACUUGAUUUUUCAUUUUCUGAUGAACGAGUCGAAUACAUUUUAGAUGAAUCUCAACCAGUAUUGAUCAUUUACGACAAUGAAUUAAGCGCUCAGAGUUUUUUUCAGAAAGCAAAAAAUAGAUUAGAAGAUCUAAUGAGUUGCGGUCGAGAUUAUCACAAUGUCGGCUACUGUCACUGUAUUGUUUAUGGACAAUGUUUUAAAUUCGACAAUAUUCUUGAAAGUUCAAAUGAUUUCAGUGAACAAAACAUUGAUGAAAAAAAUACUUUAACAAAAGGUGAUCCAAGAAUUGCAAUCGUUCUGUACACGACUGGAGCGUUAGGACGGCAAAAGGUGUUCGAAUACCGCCUUGAAUGGUACUGGGAAGAAUAUCCUUUCUUUGAAAAUGAAUCACAUUUGAUAUUCAAAUGUCCAACAAGAUUAAUUGAUCAUGUCGGAGAGAUAUGGAGCACUCUUCUUGCUGGUAAAAUUCUCGUGAUCAUUCCAGAAGAAGUUGCUGUGGAUUCUGAAAAACUUGUUCCAAUUCUAGAGAAGUUUGAUGUUCAUCGAUUGAUAUCAAUGCCUUCGUUCCUUGCACAAAUAUUAACAUUCUUAGCUUCACUUGAAAAUAACAAAACGAAAAAUGAGAAAAAACUUUCAAAUAUUAAACUUUGGAUAAGUUCAGGAGAUAUUUUGUCAAUUAAUCUUGCUAAUAAUUUUUUUGAUUACUUCAACAAUGACGGUCAACAUAUGCUUGCAAACUUUUAUGGAACGACUGAAGUCAUGGCUGAUGUUUCAACAUUCUUAGUAAAAUCAAAAGAAGAACUUGAAAAUUUUGAAAGUUUUCCAAUUGGCAAGCCAAGUCACAAUACAAUCAUUUAUAUUUUGAAUGAUAGGAAAGAGAUUGUCAAAGAAGGAGAAACUGGUGAAAUUUAUGUAAGUGGAAAUUUUGUUACCGAUGGAUAUGUAAUGGAUCACACUCACAAAAGAUUUACGAGAAAUCCUUUUCAUAUGCUGCCUGUUUAUUGGGAUCUCUAUCGAACUGGUGACUUUGGGAAGGUUCUUAAUGGAUUACUUUUCUUUGAAGGAAGACAUGACACCCAAAUUAAAGUAGAAGGCAAUCGUGUUGAAUUGAAUGAGUUGGAAAAUAUUUUGAACAGUUUUAUUUACGUUGAAAGAUGUUUAAUUCAACUUCUUAAUCGAAAUGAAAAAGAUCAAGUCAUUUUGGCAUUUGUGACAUUUAAAAGGUCUUAUGCUCAUAAGAAAUCAAGUGACAUUGAAGAAGAUUUACGGCUGAAAAUUCCAAUUUACAUGAUGCCUCAAAUCAUUCUUCUCAGUCAAUUUCCUUAUUUUGUGAGUGGAAAAAUUAAUGUAAGGGAAUUGAUGAAGUCAUUUAAACAGAAAACUUUGGCACUUUCUGAAGCAUUUCAAGUCGAUAUGGAUUUGGAAAAUGUUCCAUAUCAAAAGUUGGAAAUUGUUGAGAAAAUUUUCUUUUUAACCGUUAUAAUUUUUCUCCUGUACUACUAUAUCCCACACACAAUUCUCUGCAUCAAUCAACUUCGCAAGCAAAAAUUUUAUGUUUCCCUCAGGGAUUUUUUCGAUGCUAAGGAUAUUGGCGAAAUUAUUGAGAAAAUUGAAUCACAGCAAGUAAGUCAAAAUCAUGCAAGUUUAUUAGAAAUACCAGCAAUGGAAGAUCUACACAUUGAACCAUUAAAUCAUCAACGAAGGAAUGAAUGUGUCAACUUACUGGCAACUGGAUUAUGUGAGAAAGGAAUUUUAGAAAACUUUCUUGUAAGCACAGACAUGGAAGAAUAUUCGAAUUUUCUCAAAUUUAAUUGGGCUUUGUUUGUGGAUAAUGAAAUAAGUUUCAUGGUUCUUGAUAAUCAAGAGAAAAUCGUUGGCAUUUCACUUAAUAUUGAUGUUGAAGAAGGUCCCGAAAUUUCAUCAGAGCGAUCAUCAAUUCAAACAAUUAUCAAAUUCAUGGAAUUUGUUCAAGAUGACAUUAUUUCUGAAAAAAAUAAUGGAAGAAAAGUUCUUGAAACUUUCAUGAUGGCGACUUCAAUAAGUUUAGAUGCUUUUGAAAAUAUUUGUAUCGUUCAUCUCAUGGAAAAUCACAUUUUAACUGUUGCAAAAGAACGAAACUUUGAUUCAAUAAUCACCACAAGCACCAAUGAUCUGAAAACGGAAAUUUGUGAGAAACUUCUAGGAUACGAACAAUUGAAAGCUUUUCAACUCAAUCUCUACAUUGAUAGUUAUGGAAAAAGUCCAUUUUCAAAGGCGCAAGAUUCACAAAAAACAAUCACAAUGUGGAAGAAUUUGCAAAUUUAA